UGUCUUACAGGCCGCUAGCCACGCAAAACAGGGAAUUUGCCGCUACCGCGAACCAGGUAGCUUGACUUCGUUAGUAAACGCCGCGUAAACAACUCUGACAAUCCCCCGUCCUGCGUUUUCUGCCGCUCGAUCGAAUCUAACCGACUGAGCCAAGUGAGAACACCCUGAGGCUCUGCCGCCGAGACGACCGCGCCGCGUUAUAAUCAAAUCGCGGAGAGACGUCUGGACGCCCCGCAGGCACGAUGUGGCGCGCCCUCCUCCUUCUAUCCGCGCUCGUCGUCGAGCCGGCGCUCGCCCGCUGCAAGGCGUUCUCGCCUGUGUGGAAAUCAAAUGUCGCGGCGCAUCUUCUCCCACGGCCCAUCAUCACCUCCACCGUUCGACGGAGCCAGCACGGCCGCGUGCACGCGACGCACUGGUUGAUUCCCGCACAGGUGCUCGCACAAGAAGCUCUACAAAGGCAAUUGCGGCGCCCUCUACAAGAAGCGAGGGAGCCGUUGGGGUGAGUGGGGCUUCGCCGCUGGGGGAUUUUUCGUGGAUUUUUGCGAGUCCAACACCUGCUGCGCGUCCAAUUUCGACGAUUGCUGCGACGCGGACGACGGUACGAUCCAGUGGAUAAAUCAAAUCGUCGCGGCGCGUCUCCACGCCAUCGACGCGACGUCACACUGGUUAAUUUGCACACAGGCGCGAUCGCUGGCUUAGUUAUCGGAAUUAUCGUGGCGAUCAUCAUCGGGAUCUGCUGCUGCUGCUUCCUCUGCCCGGGUUGCUACGGUUUCGAGAAAAGAAACCAGAAGCGGGCCCCGCCGCCGGACACGGAGAUGGCUCCGGCCGCGGCCCCGCGCACGGAGGAGCCGCCGGUCGUCCAGGGCAACGUCGUCGAGACCGUCGCCGCCGAGAAGAAGUGAGGCGUUGUAGAUCGCUGCAUUGACCCUCUCGUCGCCGUAGGGUCUAACCACCAUCAUCUCCGAG